AUGGCCGAGACCCUUCACAACUCGGAGCCGGCCGCGUCUCUCGAGGACCAGACGCUGCUCAUCUUUGCGCGGCUGAUGGAAGGCGGCCAGGAGGAUGAGGAGACCUGCAGAGACCUCGACGGGCUGACCAAGCUGCUCAACGACGACGCCGACGCCCAGGAAAAGGACAAGAACCACGAGUCCAUCUGCAAGCUCAUUGACGGCGACUGCGUCGACACCAUCCUGUGCUAUCUCGACAUGCGCCAGCCAGAGGUUGUCAGGGGCCAUGCCACUCUGACGACUUCCGCCUACCUGAGGGCCGCGGGCGAGAAAGGCCGCGAGAGGCUGUCUGCCUUCUUCUUUGACCGCGUUAAGAGGGGUACAUACGACGACUACAUUGUGGCAUUUUGUGUGGCGGCGGCCAUCUUCCCCAUCGUCCCGGAUGUCUCCGCCGAGCUCUUCCUCAACGAGGGCUUCCUCGUCUCGCUCGGCCCGCUGAUGAGGAGGAAGUGGAAGAGCAGAAAGGUCGAAACGGCCUGCCUGGAGAUGCUCAACGCUUCCUGCAUGAACGCUGCGUGUCGAGAGGCCAUACAAAAGUACUGCGUCGAGUGGCUCGAGGAGGUGGUUGACCAGGAUCUGGACGGCGAGGUCCGCAGCAUGAAUUCGGAACCCAAUGUUCAUAGCGAGGGCGGCUCCGUCAACAUGCGGAAGCAUUCGGAGCAGGUCCGGCACUUGGCCGCUGUCAUUCUGGCCAAACUUAGGGCUGUGCCACCAAACCCGAACACGAGCGAUCCGAAUCAACCCAGGGUGGAUGCGGCGGUAACGAGCAUUGAAGAUUUAUCCGGCAUGUUUACCAAGAUGAUUCUGCGUGACGAGAGUGACGGAAAGCAGCAUUCUAUAGAAGGUCUUGCCUAUGCAUCCUUGCAACCAAAGAUUAAAGAAUCCAUUGUCAACAAUCCCGAGCUGCUCAAGAAGCUCGUCACAACGCUCAAGGACGCACCUCCUCGAUCCCCGAUGACCUAUGGGCUUCUCAGCAUCUUUCUCAACCUGACUCGAUACCGACCCUCUCUUACUGAAGAGGAGAAGAAGAUGUCGCAACUCAAGGCCUACGCCGACGCAGCGGGCAAACUGGCUGAGCCGGACGUCCUGGAUGAUGACGAGCACGUCACCAAGAGGUGCAAGGCCGUCUUUGAGGCCGGUCUCACGCCUGUUCUUGUCACGCACAGCAAGACCGGGUCUACAAGAUCACUCUCAACGAUCGUAUCCAUCAUCCACUCAUUUUCCAUGACGAAAGCCCUCCGUGGCCCGCUGGCUCAACAGGGAGCCAUCAAGCUGCUGCUGACGGCGUGGGCAACUCUUCCGGAAACCGAGACGACGGGCCGCAACAUGGCCGCGCAAGCAAUCGCCCGCAUCCUCAUCAGCACCGAUCCUAACCUCGUCUUUGGAGGCAAUCGCUCAAACCCAGUCAAUGCUGCCAUCCGGCCCCUGGCUUCGAUUCUGCCCCCCGAUCCCGCGGCCGACCGACGAGACUUGCUUCCGACGUUUGAAGCCCUCAUGGCACUCACCAACCUGGCGUCCAUGAGUGAUCCGGACAUUCCUCGCUCCAUUAUAAGCAUCGCGUGGAACCAAAUUGAGGAACAGAUGCUGUCUUCGAAUGCACGCGUGUCCCAAGCGGCCGUCGAGCUGGUGUGCAACCUGAUGCAGGCACCAGAAGGCAUAGCGCUCUAUGCGGACGGCAACCCGCAAGCCAAGAACCGAAUCCACAUCCUCCUCGCAUUGGCGGACGCCGAAGACGACGGCACACGCAGCGCGGCCGGCGGCGCUCUGGCCUCUCUCACAGGCUACGAGAGCGUUGCGAAACUGGUGCUGGAGAGAGAAGGGGGCAUCGAGGUGCUUCUGCGCAUGUGCACAGAUGAGGACGAAGGGCUGCGCCAUAGAGGCGUGGUUUCGAUGUACAACAUGGUCGCCGGGGAUGCGCAAGUGUGUCAGCUUGCGAGGGAAAAGGUCAAGGAGGUGGGCGGCGUCGAGGCGCUCAAGGAGUCUUUGAAGAUGAGCCGCAGGCCAGAAGUUGUGCAGCUUACGGUUGAGACUCUGAAGGCAAUUCUGGGUCAGGAGUAG